AUGGGUGUCAGACUGUGGAGGUUAGUGGCUGAUGAGCUCCGUGCUGAAAGCUUACUUCUGACGCAAAAAUGCACGAAGCAGGGCCGCUGCCAAGGAGCGGCGACAAAACGUGCCGUUGAUGGCACACACUGCGUUGGGCCCUGUCAGACGCCGACAUGGGGGAGUGGCCCCCUCGUGGACAUCGGCAAGACGGCCGCCUGGUCACAAUCCCGAAGCCAGCUCGAGGCCUGGAGGGCAGGCCAGCAUCGGAAGCUCCAUUACCCCAGCAACUCGGUGGCCGUCCACAUGACGCUCGGCUUCGGCGAGACGUUCGUCUACCUCAAUCUCCUGUACUACGUGAGCACCCUCAUGCUUCACCGCGAGUACUUCCCCUUCCUGCCGACCCCGGAGUCGGAGCCACGGGGUCCAGUCGACCAGCCCAUGCUGGGGGCGCCCGCCCCCGAGGGCUGGUGGGACGACAGCUCCCGACUCCUCUUCGGCGCGGCAGAGCACAUCGCCGCCAUUCUACACGAGGCCUCCGAGUGUGGCGUGCAUCUCAUGACGCCCUUUGCCGGGUUCUGCGCAUUCUCAGCCGGCUACCUCAACCUCUACGUGGCGAAAUACCCCCGAAUGAACCUGGGCCGCAGCCCGCGAGCAAGCGACUGUCUCAAAAUGUGUCUCGACUACCUGGAAAAGUUUCGACUUGUCUGGAAAAUCGCCGACGGAUGGGGCGGCACGCGCAAGAUCAAAACGAUACACCAUGCAUCCGUGCUCUACGAGCGAGCAACCGAGGACCGGACACGAUACCAGGGGCGCACACGAGCAGACUUUGAUACUCUACACCAGUCUGUCCACGAGUUCCGUGUCGUGGAUAGAUCCGACGCGCAUACUCGGGAGAUUCGGGGCGCGGAGCGGCCCUCGGCGCAGGCGACUUGGCCGGUUCAAGGGCACGAGCACGAGCACGAGCACGAGCACGAGCUCGACACUAAUACCUUGUUGAACCAGCUUUUCGCGGAAGUCAGCAAUAACCUCGACGAGCAGGGGGCCUGGUCUCAAUGGUGGCCGGCGAUUGAUCAGGUGGAUCUUUAA